GAGUUUAGUUGAUUAUCGUGCGUUCUAAGCUAUCUACUUCUCAGUACCGAUCCGGUUUUAUAAAUAUUUUGAUUUUCGUUUAUUAGCUUGUGACUAAUUUAUUAUUGCAUAAUUUCUAAUAAAAAAAUGCGUUUCACACUCUGUGCUUUACUUGUACUGUGUUUGGUAGCUGUUGCUUUCAGCAUUCCUGCUAAGGAUAACAAGAAACAGGCUCCCACUUGCUCGAAGGACUGUGGAGACAAAUAUGAUCCCUUAUGCGCCAAAGCUAAGACUGGUACCAAGGAACGUUUACUCACAUUUGGCAGUCCAUGUGUUAUGGACAACUACAAUUGUGCACACAGCGACGAUCAAUUUGAAAAGAAAUCCAAUGGAGAAUGCCCUGGCAACGUGAGUGUACGUUUGUCUUAGACGACAUAAUUUAGCACAUAUCCACAAAUUGUGGAAUUGCGAAUGCAUGUACCAAUUUUAUUAUAAAUGACACUAUGACAUUAACAUAUACGAAAUAAACAAUUAUUUUUGCUUUGAAUAA